AUGUCGAUCGACCUUGAAUGGGCGAAACUCGACUCCUCACUGGCGUCAUAUCUCGUUGAAGUUCUCAACAGACAGCUCAGCAAUGCAGAACGGCCAUCAUUUAUAGGCCCUGUUGAGGUGACCUCCCUCGAGUUUGGUUCGACAAGCCCAGAUGUCGAGCUUGUCGACCUACGCGAUAUCUACCGCGACUUCCUCGAAGACGACGACGACAGCGACCACGGACCAGUCAAGGUCACAGAAGGCGCUGAAGACGACGAAGGCUUCGAAUGGGUGUCGAGGCGGGUUGCGGGCCAUGAGGAAUCCCUCGCAUACCAGCACCUCCCACCACACGUUCGCUAUGGGCGCGGUGGGCCGACGGAUCUGUAUGCGUCAAUUCCUACACUUCGCUCGCCGAUGCCUCUACCUUCUGCGGACAUAUUCACCAAGGGUUUCCCUGAAUACAGGCCUCCACCGCAGCCUCUAUGGCAGAGCACGCCGAUGUUUCGGAGUCCAACACCCUCAACACCGUUUACCGCUGGUCCAUUCCGGAGAACAAGUGGCGAAUACGAACAGCAAGACGAGCUCCUCACAGCUGACGCAGAUUACUCUCAACUGCCGAGCGACAACUCCCUGAGCGACCCGCCAUCAUUCGGUGCAGAAGGACCCACAGUUACGACACCUCCGCAACCGCCACAACCACCGCAGAACCCCCACCCGAAUCUCCAACUUCAUCUCCACAUUAAUUGGCACUCCAAUCUACGGAUUACCCUCACGACUUCACUGCUCAUCAACUACCCCUCACCCAUGUUCAUGUCGCUCCCUAUCAAACUCUCUGUGACCGGGCUGGUAUUCGACGGCGAAGUCGCCGUGGCCUAUGAAGGCGAGCGACGGCGGGUGCAUAUCUGUAUUUUGGACGACCUCGAUCCUUACGGUCCCGCUGCUGCUGCAGACAGGCCUAAACGAAGCGACACGAAUGUUACACCCCCUGACAUCGACGAUGAGUCUCCACAUAGCGGUAUCCCUCCUCGCCCGUCGAAACCGUUGCCAGUUGGUCAAAGACUGCUACCGUCAAUAUACAUCGAGAGCGAGAUCGGGCAGACGGACAAACAUGUGCUAAAAAACGUCACAAGAGUGGAACGGUUCAUCCAGGAUGUGAUCCGUAAAACUGUGGAAGAGGAACUUGUUUUCCCCAACUUCCAUACGCUGGUCAUGGGCGAGUCAUGA